UGAAAGUGGAGUAUGCGAGUUUUCUCUGUGCCGGGGUUUUAGCAUUCUGAUACCGCUGUCGACCUUUGGAUAUCGCCGCCCCCCCGGGGAGAGUAGGCAGAUCCGCCGUCCUCAGUGACAAUUGGCUGCACUCCUCAACUCUGAGUACUGCUGCUUCCUAUUGCGCUUCAGGCCGUCACCAAAACACAGAAGAAAGUGUGGUGCGAUGCUGCUGCAGCCCAAAGUCUCCGGUCCGUAGCGCAGGCCCUUAUCGGAAUGUUUGAAGAGGUUAUCCGUGUCCUGUAGACCACGCUAGCUACAGCAGCGGUUCCCUGCAGGCCAGGAAGCCAUUGGAGCAGCCGGACAGCGUGUCGAGGCGCACUGAGAGGAGGGAAGUAACCGUUGUAUCAGCACUGAACAAGCAGAGCCUGGCACCAUGACUGAAAAACGAAUGUCGCGGUGGUAUUUCGGUGGUCUGGCAUCGUGCGGAGCUGCCUGCUGCACGCAUCCUCUUGAUCUCAUUAAGGUACACUUACAGACACAGCAGGAGGUGAAGAAGAGGAUGAUGGGAAUGGCCAUUCAUGUGGUGAAGAACGACGGGGUCCUGGCUCUGUACAGUGGUUUAUCUGCUUCUCUUUGCAGACAGAUGUCAUAUUCCCUGACCAGAUUUGCCAUCUAUGAGACAGUGAGGGAUAUGAUGGGCAGCACGAGCCAGGGCCCCAUGCCUUUUUACCAGAAGGUCCUGCUGGGAGCCUUCGGAGGAUUCACUGGUGGGUUUGUUGGCACGCCUGCAGACAUGGUGAAUGUCAGGAUGCAGAAUGACAUGAAACUACCACCAGAACUGAGGAGAAACUACAAACAUGCCAUUGAUGGGCUUUUCAGAGUCUUCAGAGAAGAGGGUAUAAAGAAACUUUUCUCAGGAGCCUCCAUGGCCUCCAGCAGAGGAGCAAUGGUGACUGUGGGACAGUUGGCGUGUUAUGACCAGGCCAAGCAGCUGGUGUUAGGAACAGGCGUGAUGGGAGAUAACAUAUUCACGCACUUUCUUUCCAGCUUCAUUGCUGGAGGCUGUGCUACGUUCCUGUGUCAGCCUCUAGAUGUACUAAAGACGAGGCUGAUGAAUUCAAAAGGAGAGUACACGGGGGUGAUACACUGCUUACGAGAAACAGCCAGACUGGGUCCACUGGCAUUUUAUAAGGGACUUGUUCCUGCGGGAAUCCGCUUGAUUCCUCACACAGUGCUCACCUUCGUCUUCCUUGAGCAGCUCAAGAAAUACUUUGGCAUUCGCAUCAUCUCCUGAGUGCGCUCUGACCAGCUGCUCUUCAGCCUUCCUGACGACCGUCACUGCCAAUCACCAACCCCACAGUCACUCUGCUCUUCAUCAAAGCAAAGAAGGGAAGAAAGGAAGACGUGCACAGUUUACUAUGACUUGCACAUGCUUUCCUUUUCCUCUAGCUCUACCUCUACAGCUAGAAAUCCAAUUCUUUUGAUUGUCAGGACCACCAAUUUCUAGUAGGGAGCUAAUCCUCUUCUCGUUAUUCAGAAAUGCUAACGGUAUGAUUCCCAGGAAAAAUUUAGUUAAUCUAAAGGGUCUGUAAUAGAAUUAUUAGAAUGACAGAUAUUAAAAUUAAUAGAUAUUCCUGAAAAUUUCAGCUACACAUGGGCACAUGACUUGUUUAAAUUUGUUUUCCACAGUUCUUUUCUAACAUUUGAUUGUUGUCAGAUUAUAUUUAGGAUUUUAUAGUUUUUAAAGCUGAAAACAAACCCACCGUCUUGUCUUCAGUGCAACUCUGAGCAAUGAAACAUGACUAAACAAGCUGUUAUAUAACUACAUAAUAAUCAUUCCUACCAUUGUUGACCAUUUGGGUUGUAAUAUUAGUGCUGAUUUGUUUGCUUCCUUGUUGAUUAAUUUAUAUUUUAGAACUGGAAAUCCGCUAUUAACAGGUUAAGGUUUCAUUAUUGUUCACCUGAUGUUUUGUACUUUAUUUGAUUCCACUGUUAUCACUUCACUGUCAGAUCUAGAGGAGAUGAGGACCAGUCUUGUUUGUGCUGCGUUUUCUGAGUGAGAAGGAAAUUAGUGGAGAAACUGUGAAGAUGGAGGUUGUUGGGAUCCUGAUGAGGAUGGAGCCUCUUUUGUGCAGAAGGCCUGGUAUGCAAGUGAGGGCAAAAAAUACUGGUGAUGCACGUGAUCUACAUUGUUUACUCUCCUGUGUUUAACUUCAGAUUUUUUGCCAGAUUAUUCUUUCUAAAUUUGUUAUUUUACAGGAAAAAUUGGGGUGGAGAAAAGGCAUUUUUUGCAGUACUAAUUUUGGUCACAAGAGGCACCUCAAUUCCAUCCUGUAAAUGUAACUAAAUGCCUUCAUGUUCAUUUUUCCAUUUAGUUUAAACACAGGCCACUUAUUAUGUUUUGGCAAGUUUUCAACAUUAUUAUCAUGCAUGUCUUUCGGAUAGAAAUGUAGUAUGUUGAGGUAGGUGUUCUGGGUUUUCCCAGCAUGCUUUGUCACAGUGGCUACAAAGGGACAUCAGCUUAAGUAAAAUGUGGUCUAAAUCACCAGCUUUGUUAUCUGAUUUAGUCAUCAGUGUUAUUGUUCUUUGCAUCCAUUCUCACAUGAAAGUUUGUACUCCAUUCAAAACACCUAAUGGUCGCACAGCCUCUUGAACAAAAAUAGUAUUUCAAAAAUGCAUGGAGAAUUUAAGGCAGAUUAUUAUUAAUUAAUUAAUUAAUUUUUAUUUGUUUUACCUUCCAAACUUGUCCCCCCCCCCACCUCUUUACCCAGAUGGGGAAAACAUAUUUAGGAAAUUCAGGAUAUUGUCCUAACAGGUAUAUUUUUGCCUGUUAAGUCAUAAACCAAUAUUCUCAUCCACAGUUGUCAAUGCAUUUAUGUCAGAUGUUGCCAGUGCUGAAGUACUCACAAGGUGUCCUUUUGGCAAUAUUAGGUGUUGAUGCAUAAUGUGCCCUCUUUUAAAGGGUGACAAAGUGCACAUUAGGAGGUUGGAGGGGAUGUGGAGGAAGUCACAAGUUUGUCAGCCAGGAGGCCGCAGUUCAGAGCAUUUUUAAAGCUCUUUAGCAGUUUCACCCACUGGUAACAUCUAGCCAUAAAAAACUACUUGCUUGGGAAAAGAUCACAAAUUUUGGUUUACAUGAUGCCCCUUCAUGACAUUAACGCUCCAUGUUUGAAAAAUUAAACUUACUGAGUGCAUUCAGAUAUGAUGGCAUUUAUAUUAUCUGCAUUAAACACAGGAGUAAAAAUAAUUAGACCAUGCUUUGAAAAUCACUAGAUUCUUUUUUUUCCUCACUGGUUUCUUCUGUGUAGGGAAACGUUUUAUGACCACUUUAUAUCUUAAAGUUUUAAUGUAUAAAGAUGCCUGCAAAGAACUGCUGUGCACUACAAGUGUAGCAUUUCUUUAAUCUUAAUGUUUGGUCUAACUAAAUGCAUGUCAGAUUUUGUCUCAGGAUACUACUGUUUUUUUUAAUUUUUUUUUAUAAGGCACUUUAUUAAAACAAAAAGCCUUGAAAUCCUUAUGAUGAACCUGCUGCAUAAAAACCCAUACUGUAUGUUAAAACAUAUUCCAAAAGUAAAAUUACAAUAUUUGUGAUUCCCAUUAAGUAUGUUUUAUGGCUCAUUUCAGUUGUUUUCCAUUGAUAAGUUUGACUUUGGUUCUGUCAAAUUAUGCAUUUGUUGUGCUGUGCCUGCUCUGUUAACAGAAACCUUGGAAAGUUAUGUUGCCUUACAGUAUCUGUCCUGCAGAGGGCAGUAUAGAAACGUGUGCAGUGUCCUGUUUGUGCAGCCAAAUAAGUGCUACAUCUUCAUCCUUGGAUGAACUGGAGGAACAGUGAUGGGUUAGUGAAUUUGGGUUUUAGAUUUUAACCAGUGAUUUUUUUUUUUUUAAUUAAAAUAUUAAUUUAAAAAUUGUGUUUUGUACCUAUUACAGUAUAGCAGACUUUUAUUUUGAAACAGUAAGUCAUGCCACAUUCUUGUGAUUUAUUAUUUUUGUCAUUUAAUAAAUUAGCUGCAGACCUGCUGGGCUGGAUUAAAUCUGUGUCAUAAAACAAA